UCCGCUGUGGCAAUGGCCGUGCUUCUCCCAAAUGGCUAAGAAAUCCUCGCCCAACCUCCUCCUCCCUGUCUUCGCCUCCCUCAUCCACUUCCGCCCCCUUGCCGCCCUUUCGGACUGCGUCCCUCGACGGAGGCCCUACCGCUCCUCCCUUCGCAUGGACCGCGACUUCGCCUCGGGACGGUUUACACCCCUCGCCAAGCUCCGCAGCGUCCGAUGGAUCGCCCUCCUUCUCGGGGUUUCGAACCUCUCCGUGAUCCUUUUAGGCGUCUUCCUGCUGAUCUACCUCAUCCGCAGCUGCUCCGGCGAUGAGAAACUGCCUUUCGCUGCCUCGAUCUUGAGUGCGAGCAUCAGGGUUCUCGCCAUGGUCGGCGCCGGCAAAGCGCAGCAUGAGACGGCUGAGAUAAUUGUUAGUUUCCCUAUUGAGUCCGCUGCCGCUGAUGCUGCCGUUCGUCACGAGAGACGGCUAAGGUAUAAAAAGUGGCUAUGGUGGACCAGAUUUGGGAUAGCAGUCACAGUGUUACAAUCCAUUGGAGCAGCCUACUUAACAUUCAUCGCAUUAACUGAUUUAUCUCAUGGUGGAUCUUGUCUUUUAGGACAGCAUACAGUUAAUCAAACAUGGAAGAAAAUUUUAGUGGUUUCUUUUCUUCUUCUGGCGUGGCUUGUUGUAAUCAUACAGCUUUUUAUGGGAGCUGACAUAUUGAGAUGGAGGUCAUUUUAUUCAACACAUGAUACCGCAUGGAAAGCACACUACAGUGAAGUGUUUGAUCAUGGAAUUCGGGAGGCUUUGUGCUGUCUAGGACGCGCCAAGUACUUGAGUGUUUUGGAAGAAGACGAGAUUUACUCUGUUGCAAGGUUGCUAGGUGAUCUUGUAGCAUAUCGUGCAUCAGGAACAGGGCAUCUUGAACUAUUGGCAGGACUUGCUCUAUUGCAAAGCCAGAAGCAGGUGCAGAACUUGCACAAUAAGCUUAUGGAUGUGCCUGACCAACUUAUUGAAGAUGCAGCAUUCUUCCAUCAAUUUGCUGAAGCUGCAUACACAGGACCACUGCUUGAUUUUGGUAGAAACCCUAUCUUGUUUCCUUGUGCAUGGCUCUAUAGACAAGGAAUUGUGACUCCCUGGGCUCGGAACAGGAGGCCUUCACUUGAAGGUGAUAAUUGGUGGCGGGGACAUGCAGCUGCCUUCCUCAAAUUUGUCAAUUUACCUCCUGAAGCUCUUUGUAUGGGUCGAGUCAGCCAAACAAAGAGGGAGGCUGCCUAUUUUGUUGUGGUUCUACAUGAUAAAAGGACAAUAGUAGUCGCUGUACGUGGAACUGAGACACCUGAAGAUCUCAUAACAGAUGGUUUAUGCAGAGAGUGUGACCUUACCAUGGAGGAUUUGGAUGGCUUGAUAAAUAGCGAACAUUUACCUUCAGAUGUUAGACAAAAAGUUCUGUCUUCUUUCCCACAUUAUGGACAUGCAGGGAUUAUUGAAUCUGCCAGGGAACUUUUCAUCCAACUUGAUGGCCAAUCUGAAGUUAAAGAUUCCUUGCCAUCUAAAAAAACUGGGUUUUUGUCAUCCUUGUUGGCAACUGGAUCUGAAUGCCAGGGAUACCAAGUUUGUGUCGUAGGCCAUUCUUUAGGAGGUGCUAUUGCAACAUUCUUGGGAUUAAGAUUAUAUGGAAGGCACCCAAAAGUACAUGUUUAUGCUUAUGGAGGUCUUCCCUGUUUGGAUUUUGUGACUGCUGAAGCAUGCUCCAAAUUUGUUACUACUAUUGUAUACAAUGAUGAAUUCUCUGCACGGCUUUCAGUUAAUUCAAUACUUAGGCUUCGUGCAUCUGCAAUUAGUGCUCUAUCAGAUGAUUCUUUGGCUGAAUCCGCCAUGAUACAAAAACUUGCACGCCGAAUCCUGCAUGCUAACAAGUAUGAUGUAAAUCAGCAGUCCUAUGACCUUUGUGCCUCACCAUUAAGACAAAACUGUCUGGCAACAUUUGAAAGGAAUCACAUUUCUAAGAGGUGGCAGUCAAAAACAUCGACUACAGCAAUUGAACCAAUGAAUCAAGAGCUGCGUCUGGAUGAGACAGCCUCAGGUGAUGAUGCUUCAGAGUUGGCGAUUUUGGUAGAUCAGGAUGAUGUGAGGUUAAACUCUUAUGAAAUUGUCAAGGAUCAGAUGGCCCAAUGUUUUGAAGAAAGAACAUCAUCUGUUCAAGCAUCAACAGCACCACCGGAAAUGUAUCUUCCGGGUUGUGUUGUUCAUAUAACAUAUGAACCAAAAAGAGUCUUGCCUUUCUGGAGAAGUUGGACAGUCCAUGAGAGAGACCACACCUUUAGAGCUUUUGUGGCAAAUAGGGAAAGUUUCAGAGACAUCAGAGUUACCUCACGUAUGUUCAUUGAUCAUCUACCAUGGCGGUGUCAUUAUGCCAUGCAGAGAAUAUUGAAAGAACAAAAGCUUAAAGGCAAAAUUCAUGCGAUUAUUUAGAUGAACAGGGCACAUCCAAACUUAAUUUACUGGAUUUGAAUUCAGAAGUUGAUUACAAUUUAUUGUUGUGCAUACCCCCUCUUUAAGCAGGCAUGAAACUUGCAUCAUCCACCUGAUCAAAUGUUCAAUUCUGUCAAACUCUUCUUCAUGUGGAUUUACAUCCCAAAUCAAAGAGCACACAUUUUGCGGUAAAUUUACAUCCCAAAUCAAAGAGCACACAUUUUGCGGUAUUGCUAUGUCAACACGGAUGUACAUAUGGAUGGUGCCGAUACGAUACUGACCCAACUUCUCUUAUUGUAUUGGUUCAAUUAUUUGACAUGCAUUCUCUCAUAGGAAUACUAUAUCAUCCAUGAACAAACACUUCACUUUUUACCUUUAUUCAUUUCCAUUUGUUAUCUUGUAUUAUUAGCAGAUAUGUCAUUAGUUAGUGGAUUCUUGCAUAA